AUGUCCAAUCAGCCGAACCAGAUGCAAACAACGAAUAACCCUUCUCGCCGACAAGCACUCAACGCCUGCGAAGCUUGUCGGAAGAGAAAGACAAAAUGUGACGAGAGGAAACCCGCUUGUGCUCGAUGCACACGGUUGGGUCUUGAGUGCAUGUACAUCGAGACUGUUGCCGCAAAGAAGAACCUGUCAAUCGAGGAACUAACGGGCACGCUAAAACGGAUGGACGAGAAACUCGAUGUCCUCACAGCUUUCGCUCAACAAAAUGAUGGUCAUCAUCAAGCGCCUACGACCGGCCUGGCCUCAAGUCCGGGAAACGGCCAGUUCGCUGCUUUCAGUCCCUUGAAUCUCGGCGGCACUGGACUUGUUCAAAAUGCUUCAACCCCAUUUCUCGACACGGGCCGAGUGUUGGAAGAGCUCUCACUAUCCCAACGCCACUCUACUGCGCCGCAGCAUCUUCUGACUUGGCCUUGCUCGACUCUUUCAAUGAGCGAGCCGGACCUACAGUACCCGAUGGAGUUGGAGAUAAAACGACCAAGGUUAUCCCGGUCGAUAACACCACCUCGUUGCUUUGAAGCUGGAACACCAGUUGGAGAUGACUCUUGGUUAUCACGUUUGUCCUUGUCUCAAGUCAGCUUACUGACACAGUCAUACUUUCAGCACUUCCAUCCGUCGUGCCUCAUCCUGAACGAGUCCUUGUUUUAUUCUCUUGUACUAAGCAACGCGGUGCAAACUAACUUUGCGCCAAACUAUAACUCAUGCACGGUUCUGCUUGUCUGCAGCCUGGGCUCCAUCGUCGCCCACUACUCCGGUCAUGAAGAGUGGUCAUCCGGUAAUGAGCAAGAUAUUGGACUGGGAUUUUUCAACCUGGCGAACGACAUGUUCCGUGAUUUAGAGGGAGGUAACUGGGAGAGCGUCCAGUGCCUGCUUCUGAUGGGUCUCUUCUAUUCUGCCAAACUCAGGGUCUAUGAUGCCUGGCAAGCCAAUCAUAAAGCGUGUUGCACCGUCUCAAUACUUGUUCCACUGCAAAGGGCAUUAGAGGCACAGCAUUGCCAGCUUUUCUGGAUUGCAUAUCUACAGGAAAGAAGCCAAAUUUUGGCCGAGUUCGACUUUCCAGCCAGCGGGCUUGGGAAGCUCGCGAGCAGCAUGCCUCUACCUGUCAUUCCCGGAGCAGGUACCGAUCCUCGCCACGCGCAGUACCAGUUCUUCUUCUUAGCUCUUAUUUCCAUGAGAAAACUGCUAAACCGUAUCUUGUUCCACCUCUAUAGCCGAGACCAUACUGAAAACGCUACGAAUGGAGAACCAACACACAUCGAUAAACCCGCCACGUUCAUGUCAGUCUCCUCAUCCGUAAUAUUCGAGCUAGACCGUCAACUUGAAGAGUGGAGAACUUGUCUGCCCCAGGGACUCGAGUUCCUCAGCUACUCAGAGGCACAACUUGCAGAAGACCCCCAACUUGAUCAAACUCAUCGCUCGACGGAUGAGAGAUUACGUGGUCAUCUACAGGCUCGAUAUUUUGCUGCAAAAUCCAUUAUCCAUCGACCAUAUAUCUACAAAACCUUACACCACGACACUACAGCUUCUAUUAGUGACGCCGACGCUGCUGGCGCACGCACAGCAGUUGGCAGCGCAAUGAUGUCCGUGGUAGCAAGUGGGAUCUUACAGGAGCCAUUGGUAUUGUUGCUUCAUCCUAUAAAUUCUUGUCGAAGUCUUUUCGCCUGCGAGCUUCAGCUUACCUUUGUACUCCGCAGCGACUCCUGCCAAUUUGUAUUACCUUCAAGUUGGGAAAUUGCAGGGGAAACUAGAAAAGCUAUUUCAGGCUUGGUAGCAGAGAUGUCACCGACAGCGUUUCGCGAUGGUGAAAUCUUGAAUCUUCUAGCUUCCUAGAAUAUCCCUAUUAAACCCUUGUAUUAUAUUUUUGUUUUAUUCACCUCGACCACUGCUAGUUGACCCAUUGGUACUCCUUGGGAGACCGGAAAGCUGCCG